AUGAUUUGGACAAUUUUGUUAGCAUAUUGUGUGACUUGUGUGCAUGGGAAUAAGACCGACGAACGGAUACCUUUCUUUCACGGGCAUGUGUUUGAAAACUCUCCACCUGGCUCAAAAGUGAACGGACUGAGUAUCCCGGUGAAGCGCGUCGACCCGCAGAGAUGGUGCUCAAAGUCUGGCAUGCACCUGAAACUCCAGGGCGACAGGAGUGAAGAUUUCCACGUCUUCGCUCACCACAAACGAGGACACAUAUUGCUGAAGACCUCAAACGUUCUGGAUAGAGAGGAGCGCGGUGAAUAUUCCCUCAGUCUGGCGCUUUGCUGUCAGAGUUGCGCGUCCGCCGAGCGCGUCGUGGCCGAAGUUGCGUCUGUUAAAGUGGACGUGCUCGACACUAACGACCACGAGCCCACUUUUCGCCACUCAGAUGUGAAAAUAACUUUGGACGACGCCACGGCCCUGAGGUCGGUGGUGUACACGGUGAAAGCGGAGGACAUUGACAGCGGCAAAAACGCCGAGCUCAUAUACUACGCGCUGCCGAAAAACGGUAGUUUCUACGUAGUGCCCAAAACUGGCGACAUUCUCCUCGUUGACUCGAUACUCGGUCUCGCGCAGCCCAUAAAGUUCACCGUGUUUGCGCGAGACCACGGCUGGCCCGCUCGAACCAGUCACAGUAUGGAAAUAGAGAUCAGUCCACGCCAGUGGCCAGCCGUUCCGCAGCUCGACCGCUCCGAGAACGGACUCUCGAGAAAGUCCCGUUCCGUGAUGGAACCUGACAAGUCUGUUGUCAUCACCGUGUCCGAAGACGCGAGUAUUGGCUCGGUCAUUAUGAACCUGCACCCGGUGAGGUUUCAGUCCGCCAGCUUUGAGCUGUUACAACCGGACGCGGAAAACUCUCCAGUCACCGUGAGUCGGGACAGCGGGGAUUUGAUCAUUUCCAGGCGGCUCGACCGAGAGACGCAGCCGCUAGUGGAGAUCACUGUAAAAGUACAAGAUAAGCGAGGUCCAGAAUGGUAUACAGUGAGAGUGGAACUGACAGUGAUGGAUGUCAAUGAUAAUGCACCAGAAUGGACGAUGGUACCUUUGCCCUACCUGAGUGUAGUAUCUGCUAGUGCCUCACCCAACUCUCUGGUCUACAAGCUUCAAGCCAUGGAUAGUGAUGAGGGCGUCAAUGGAGAAGUGGAGUACUUCCUGUCUGAUGGAGGUGAUGGGAGAUUUGAGGUUGACAGGACGAAUGGUCACUUGCGGACUACGGGUCUACCUCUGCAGAAAGACCGAGAAUAUCUUCUAACAGUGGUCGCUGCCGACCGUCAGGGCAGCCGCAGUCCUCCUGCGGUUGUGUCAAUUAUUGCUGGUCCAAGAGCUCCUCAGUUUACCAACGUGUCUUACACAAUUUCUAUACCAGAGAACACACCAGAAGGACAGCCCUUCCUUGUCACUCCAGCAAUGUCCUUCCAGAAACAGCCAAUAACAUACAGCCUGCUCAUCAAUCCCAGCAGUCUUUUCAACAUCCAGCAGGAGACUGGGGAGAUCCGACUGACCCGCAGUAUAGACUAUGAGAGCGACCAGCACCGCUACCUGUUGCUGGUGAGGGCCAGUGAAAACCAGGACAGUCUUAGUAGUGCUGCAGAGGUGCAGGUGAUCAUUACAGACGAGAAUGAUUGUGUUCCAGAAUUCCUGCAGUCCAUUUACAGUAAAGACGGUGUCCCUGAGACGGUCACAACUGCAACUUCACUCCUGCAAGUUUCAGCCAGCGAUUGUGAUUCAGAACAAAAUGCAGAGAUCACAUAUUACACACUUAGUCCAGAUUUCACCAUUUCAGCCCAUGGCACCAUAUUCCCAGCUGGCCGUUUGGAUUACGAGAGGCUUAACCACCUGUAUGAAAUUGUAGUGAUGGCAGUGGAUAAGGGUGAGGUGCCCCGCACUGGUACGGCCACUGUACGUCUCCGUAUGGCCAAUGUCAACGAUGAGCCUCCAGAGUUCUCACAGCCCGUGUAUCGGACCUUUGUCUCUGAGGAUGCAGGGCCCAACACUCUGAUUGCAACAGUGCUGGCUAAGGAUCCGGACGGAGAUGGGAUCACAUAUAAAAUUGCUGCUGGCAAUGAGGAGGGCAACUUUGUCAUUGACAGUCAGAAAGGACUGAUCCGCCUCCGCUCCAGCCCUCCGCCCAAACUUCAGGGAGUAAAGUAUAUUCUGAACAUAACAGCAACAGAUGACAAUGCAUCUGAGGGCCCACAGCCACUCUCCGCCACUGCCCAGGUCAUCGUUGGAGUUGAUGAUGUAAACAACAAUAAACCUGUGUUUGAAAAGUGCCUUGAGUAUAAGGAAAGGGCCUCAGUUCUGGAAAAUAAGCCACCAGGAACAUUUGUACUGCAGGUUCAUGCAGACGAUGCUGAUGAAGGCGCAAAUGGAAAAGUAUCAUAUGGCUUCAUGCAUAAAGACAGCACUGUUCCUGCAUUUAGCAUUGAUCCAGAAACAGGUGUUAUCGUGACUGCAACGAUGUUUGAUCGAGAGAGGCAGAGAGAGUAUGCUGUAACAGUGACGGCCACGGACCAAGCGGCGGAUCCCCUCAUAGGCAUCUGCCAACUCAACAUAAUGAUCCUUGAUGAGAAUGACAACAGCCCCAAAUUUGAGAACCUGCGAUAUGAAUAUUUCUUGCGAGAGGACACCAUGAUUGGUACCAGUUUCCUGCGAGUGGCUGCACAUGAUGAUGAUUACAGCACCAAUGCAGCCAUCACUUACUCCAUGUCUGAGGAACAGCCCGAGUACCUGCGAGUGAAUCCACUCACAGGCUGGAUCUACGUUAACCAACCAAUCUCGCAGAGGACCUAUAUAACCAGGCAGAUCAUUGCUACAGAUGGAGGCAAUCGGAGCAGUUCAGUUGAGCUGGCAGUCACCAUCACCAAUGUGAAAAAUCAGCCACCACAGUGGGAGAAGGACAGAUAUGAGGUUGUUAUCCCUGAAAACACUGUCAGAGACACUCCAGUUGUGACUAUCAAGGCCACAUCCCCACUGGGUGACCCGAGGGUGACUUAUAACUUGGAGGAUGGAUUGGUUCCAGAAAGCAACAUGCCUGUUCGUUUCUACCUUACCCCAAACCGUGAAGAUGGCUCCGCAUCUAUACUUGUUGCAGAACCCCUGGACUAUGAGACCACCCGCAACUUCAUACUUAGGGUUCGAGCUCAGAAUGUGGCUCCUGUACCUUUAGCGGCCUUCACCACUGUUUACAUUAACAUCACUGAUGUCAAUGACAAUGUUCCGUUCUUCACCUCCUCUAUAUAUGAGGCAUCAGUGACAGAAGGGGCGAUGAUUGGCACUGUAGUUCUCCAGGUUUCAGCUAAUGAUCUUGACCUGGGUCUGAAUGGGAAGAUCUCUUACUCUCUUCUGAACGACCGCAGUGGAGACUAUCAGUACUUCCACAUUGAUCCUGAGCUGGGCACCAUCUACACAGAGACUGUGUUUGACCGUGAAACCAAGGGAUCCUACUUGUUGGAGAUUAAGUCACUGGAUGGCUGGGAGUCAGCCAGACCAGGGAAGCAUGGGCAGCCCAAUUCAGAUACGGCGUAUGUACGCAUUUUCAUCAGUGACGUGAAUGAUAACAAGCCGGUGUUUGCGCAGUCUGUGUAUGAAAUUGAUGUGGAUGAGGAUGCUGAUAUGGGUGCCACCAUUCUCACUGUCAGCGCUAAUGAUGAAGAUGAAGGUGCAAAUGCCAAAUUACGCUACCAGAUUACAUCAGGUAACGUGGGAGGUGUUUUUGACAUGGAGCCUGAGGUGGGAACCAUCUUCAUUGCUCAGCCUCUAGAUUACGAACAGAACAAGCUCUAUAAGUUGCACGUCUUGGCCUCGGAUGGGAAGUGGGAAGAUUACGCCACCGUAAUAGUCACCAUUGGGAAUAAGAAUGAUGAGGCACCUGUGUUCUCGGUGAAUGAGUACUAUGGCAGUGUGACAGAGGAGCUGGACGGUUCUCCUGUUUUUGUGCUGCAGGUAACAGCCUCCGAUCCAGAUAAGGAUGCGGACCAGGAGGCUUUGAGGUAUUCCUUGCAUGGUCAAGGUGCUGAAAGUGAGUUCAUCAUUGACGAGAUGACAGGCAAGAUCUAUGCCCAGAGAACUUUAGAUCGUGAGGCAAGGGCAGUGUGGCGUUUUGUGGUACUGGCCACGGAUGAGAGUGGCGAGGGGCUAACAGGAUUCAGUGAUGUCAUUAUCAACGUGUGGGACAUAAAUGACAAUGCUCCCAUUUUUACUUGCACCCCAGACAGUUGCCAUGGUGAUGUGGCAGAGAAUUCCCCUCCAGGCACUCAUGUUAUGGAGAUGACAGCCACUGAUCUGGAUGAUGCAGCUGUUGGACAAAAUGCAGUACUGGCCUAUCGAAUUGUAGGUAAUGCUGCCCUCAAUGGAGGUAACAGUGGAGUGGAUGUGUUUAGCAUCAACCCUGCUACCGGGACAGUUUCAGUGGCUAUGUCCGGCCUUGACAGGGAGCAGACUGACUUAUAUGUCUUGGUGGUGGAGGCACGAGAUGGGGGAGGUAUGACAGGAACAGCCACGGCAACCAUACACAUAAUUGAUGUUAAUGACCAUGUGCCACGUUUUCUGGACCGGUCAUGCUCAGUGCGUAUCCCUGAGGACACUGAGCCCAACAUGGCAGUCAUUGAGCUGACUGCUGAAGAUGCAGAUACUGGGGAGAAUGGUCAGCUGACCUUCAGUGUAGUGGCUGGUGAUCCUGAACAGAAGUUCUACAUGGUGAGUCAUCGACAGGAGCAGCGGGGGACCCUUCGUCUCAAAAAGCGUCUAGAUUAUGAAAGACCAGGCGAGCAACGUUUCAACCUCACCAUCAAAGUGGAGGAUCUGUCCUACGCCAGCCUGAUACACUGCACGCUAGAGGUAGAAGACUGCAAUGACCAUGCCCCAGUCUUCAUCCCACACUUUCUGCAACUACCUGCGUUACAGGAGGAUGUUGCCCCAGGAGCUAGUCUGGCAAGUCUGGCAGCUAGUGAUUUGGACUCAGGGCUCAACAGGGAGAUCACUUACAGCAUCACUUCAGAGUCUGAUCCAUACCAUUUAUUUUCUGUGGACCAGUCGGGGUUGGUCACUGUGGCUAGUGAGCUGGACAGGGAAAGGUUUGCACAGCAUCACUUGGUUAUCUUAGCGACCGAUCACGGCACACCACCAUUGACCGGCUCUGUGACUAUCCAGAUGGCUCUGCUGGAUGUGAAUGACAAUGGCCCGGAAUUUGAGGCUGCCUAUGCACCAAUAGUGUGGGAGAAUGUUCUGGACCCACAGGUUGUGCGGCUUAACCAGAGCUCCACAUUGCUGAGAGCCAUGGACCGAGAUUCAGAGGAAAAUGGCUCUCCGUUUUCCUUCUCUGUCCCUCUGGAGUUUCGUUACAGCAGUGACUUUCACCUGCAGGAUAACGGCAAUGACACCGCCACUAUCACUGCCCUGAGGGCCUUUGACAGAGAGAGACAGAAAAAGUUCCUCUUACCUAUCAUCAUGACUGACAGUGGCAGUCCACCAAAGACCGUAACGAACACCCUCACUAUCACCAUUGGUGACGAGAAUGACCAUGCCCACACAGCUGGACAGAAGAAAGUGUUCAUAAACUAUCACAGAGGGAGAAUGCCAACCAAUGUGCUGGGAAAGGUUUACUCCCCAGAUCCAGAUGACUGGGAUAACAAGACGUAUGCCUUUGAGGGACACGUUCCCAAUUAUUUCAUCCUAAAUAAGAGGACAGGAUUCCUCAUCAUAAAGGAGAAUGCCCUACCUGGAAGUUAUGACUUUCAGGUGCGAGUCUCAGAUGGUGUUUGGCCAGAUGUGGUCUCUAGUGUGAAGGUGGAUGUGAGAGAGCUACGUGACGAUGCCAUCUACAACUCUGCCUCUCUUCGAUUAGCAGAUAUCUCUGCUGUGGAUUUCAUGGAACGCCGUGGCAAUCUUAGGAGCAGAUACGAGUUGCUCGGAGACUUCCUGUCAGAAAUGCUGUCUGUGGGGGCAGACGACAUCAACAUUUUCAGUCUGGUGGAGGUGCGGGACAAGACUCUGGAUUUGAGGUUCGCCAUACACAGUGUGCCAUUCCUCAGGACUGAGAAAGUGCACGGAUACCUCGCAGCUCAUAAACAGAAACUUCAGUCAUUUCUUCAGGUCAAUGUAACCCAGGUUCAUAUAGAUGAGUGUGUUGACACUGACUGCAGAGGAGGAGGGGGCUGUACCAGCCACCUGAGUGUGACUGACAAACCGACAGUGGUCGACUCAGGUGGCGUGGCUCUGGUGUCAGUAACCGUGGAAGCCACAGCUGUUUGCAGUUGCUCAUUACGAGAACAUCUCCACCAGAGCUGCUCAGCCUACCCCAGAAGCCCCUGUCACAACGGAGGAGUCUGUGUGGACACACAGAGUGGGUACAGAUGCCAGUGCCUGGCUCAGUUUGAGGGACCCGAGUGCCAGCAGACAAAACACAGUUUCCAUGGCAAUGGCUAUGCUUGGUUUCCCCCUAUAAGGCCAUGCUUCGAGAGCCACCUCUCAAUGGAGUUCAUCACAGAGGUGGCAGAUGGCUUGCUGCUCUAUAGUGGACCCCUCUCCCAGCUUCAGCCAUGGGAGCCGGAGGACUUCAUGGCUAUAGAGCUGAUCGACGGCACCCCCACCCUGAAAAUAAACCAUGGCUCGGGUACAUUGGUCCUCCAGUUGCCGGGCAACGUCAACGUAGCAGACAGACGGUGGCACAGACUGGACGUGAGGAGCAAUAGCAAAGAGGUGCGAUUUACACUUGACCGCUGUGCAGGAGCCACCAUCAUGGAGAUGGAGGGGGUGGGCAGCUGGCUAACUACAGAAGACCACACUUCCUGUGAAGUUACCGGUGUCACACCAAAUAUGGACAAGCAUUUGAAUGUUACACAGGUGCUUCAGCUUGGAGGAGUGAAUGAGAACUUGCCAUAUAUCUACCCACAGCUCCAACAUAAGCACUUCACUGGCUGCAUCCGAAAUAUCAUCAUGGACAGCAAGUUGUAUGACCUAGGUUCACCUGCGGACUCCUCUGGCAGUACUCCGGGAUGCCUGAUGACAGACAGUAGCUGUGUGAAUAUGGGGUUUCCCUCCUGCGGUAUGAGGGGUCGUUGCCAUGGCGAAUGGGGUUCCUUCAGUUGUCAGUGCAUACCCGGGUACAGUGGGCAUCAGUGUGAAAAGGAGGUUCCAGCAUAUUCUUUUGAUGGAAGGAGUCAUGUGCACUUUCAGCUGGCCUUCACGCUCCAAGCCAGACACACGCAGGUUCAGGUCCUGGUGCGGACCCGCAAACACAGCAGCUCUCUCCUUAGCCUGCUGUCCAAAGAACAGAAUGAAUAUCUGAAACUGGAGAUCUACCAGGGUCUGUUAACUGUCUUCUACAACCUCGGUGAUGGGGACUUUAACUUGACAGUGCCCUCUUAUCGCAUAGACAACGGAGAGUGGCAUGACGUGCACUUAGAUCGUCACGACAGCGAGUUGACCAUGCGCCUGGAUGGCGGGGGAGGAAGGCGUGAGAUCACGGGCUCGCCAGGCCGCAGUCGGGAGAUUGUUAUUGAUCCUGCUGUGGUGAUGCUGGGCAACUCAUUCCCCACGGGACACAACAAGAGCUUCCAAGGCUGUAUGCGUGACCUGAGGCUCAAUGGGCGGUAUAUUCCUCUGGACGGUCAGACCAGAGAGGUGGUGUCAGUGCUCAGUUCCCAGGGUGUUUCUCUGGGCUGUUCCUCCGACUCCUGCAGGAAAAACCAAUGCAGUCCCCCAUUCACAUGUGUGGACCUGUGGAGAAUCCAUGAGUGCAGGUGUCCCCAAGGACACAUGGUCAAGGCAAACUCCACUGGCAAGUUCUGUAUGUACACACUCUGUGCCAGUCGCCCGUGUCACAGGGGCACAUGUGUGGCACAAUCUCCCUCCAAAUUCACAUGCCAAUGUCCAGAGGGCUACCGUGGCCGGCACUGUGAAGUGACUCUGGCCAUUUACCGAGAUGACGUAGGGCUCAGUUUCAGUUCCCUCUUCGCCAUAUGCAUCUGCUUUAUGGCCCUCCUAGUGCUGCUGUUGGGGAUUUUCCUGUACACUCGCUGGAGGAGCUACAAGGGGUUGAAGGAGGGAGUUUAUCAUGUGUCUGCUCACCAUGAUGGCUGGGAGGACAUCCGAGAAAACGUUCUCAACUAUGAUGAGGAGGGUGGUGGAGAGGAAGACCAGAAUGCCUAUGACAUGGCAGAGCUCCAGAAGUCCCUGCAGCCCAGUCCAGCCCAGUCGGUGCAGUACAGCCGAUCCCGAGCCAUCCACCACCACCACCCUCCCUCCCAACAGCAACAGCAACACUUCUGCCAGCCUGACCCUCCCUCCAGAGCAGGCACUGCCACAACAACCUCCUCCAUCUCAUCAGGUACCACCACUACCCGCAGGGACAUGCCACCCUCCCGCUCUCCAGCUCAAGGCCAGACUGCAAAUACCAGCCAAGCAGCUCAGCUGGCCCGCAAGAGCCUGUCCUUCUCCAGCCAGGACCUGGCCCGCUACCUGUGUGAAAUUAUUCGUGAUGCUGACCAGCACUCGGAGACUGCACCCUUUGACUCCCUGCAGGUCUUCUCCACAGAGGGAGGCAGCUCACUGGCCGGGUCACUGAGUUCCUUCAGCUCCACUGGGCUGGAAGAGGGAACAGCGGGUCAGGAGUGUCUGAAAGAGUGGGGGCCAUGCUUCGAGAAGUUGAACGCCCUCUACGAGCGAGCUGAGGGAAGUGACCUCUGAGGUAACUGCAGUCUGAGGAGAGGAGGGAGACCACUAAAGACUUUUUUCGUGAAAACCAGAGAAGUAUUUCUUAUUCUGAAAAUGCAAAUUUGGAUUUCUCUGGUUGUUUUACUUCAUGCAGGAUGACUUCCCUUGCAUACGGAGCCAGAUCUAGGACUCUUAAAGAGCAUCAAAUGGGACGUGCCAAUCUGGGACACAAGUUGUGGUCAUGGCAAUUUUUCAAGCCCAACAUGGGCUUCUUUAUUACAGUGACUUGUGGAUGACAAUAAUUUUAGUGGAACCAAUUGUUGUCUUUGUGACAGAGACUAAUGGAGUGCCUCAGAAGUGCUGCGGUCUGAUCUUUCCUGAAAUACCAUUCUAUAUGUCUGUAUCAUCUAUGUGAUCUUAAAUAAAGGAAAGAAGGAACGAAAACAAUAAACUGAGGUGCUUGAAUGUGACUUGGAGGGGUUUUCUCCUCUCCGCUGACUUCAUUGGCCAGUUUCUGAGAUCUCUUUGCUGCUUGUUCCGUAACAGUGGCCACAUGUGUUCAUCAAUCAUAACUUCAUACUUGGAUACUGUUGAGUUUUUCUAUUUGAUCUAAAUUCUAUUCACUUGGAUGCAAGGAAUAAAGAGGCAGUAUGCAGGAAAAAUUAUGAUAUGUGGAAACACUGCAGAAAACAAAACCAGAAAAUGCAGCCUUAUUGAUUGGCAUUUUAGGAGAUAUUCCAUGGGAAUACAGAUUGUGUCCUCUCUUUCCAGCCAUAAAGGAUCAAAGGAACGGCUAGAAUACAAAUGUGUCUGAGAUGAGGGACGAGGUUGAGUGACAGGCAUGAGGGAAGUUUUCUGUAGCUGAAAAAUAUGGAAAGCCGUAGGCUCUUAUGCUUUUCUGAGCAGUACCAUUCACAGCCCUCAAUGUUUGCUAAACUAAAGGAUAGCCAUUAAGAUGAAUAAAAAAGUGUGUUGUUCCAUAUGAUUGACUCAAACUUGAAGCGAUUUCAGCACUGGAAUAAGCUUAUAGUGAGCAUGGGUUAUACUCCAGUUUGCUCCCUUUUGAAAGUAUUGUAUUAUUUACCAAACCAGCUUAUCCAACCAUAUCAUUAUUGCCUCACCUGCUAUAAAUAACUCUGAAGCCCCCUCAUAACCCAUCACAUUACUCACCAAUGCGGUGAAGAAGAGAUGGGCCUCAGCACCAGGUGCUUUUUUGUGCAAAAGUGUGAGUGCAAGUGUGCAUGUUGGUGGUUUCAGACACUAAAUAUCUCUGAGUAAGGUGUAAUGGGCUUAUGGUGAGGCUUCAUGUGGCGAAGGAAAGCUUUGUGUACCUCUUUAACGGUCUGCAAAUGGAACACUAAAAAGUCAUGCAGCCUCCCCCCAUGAAGCCUCAAAUGCCAGCCUUGUAUUUUAUGCAUUUCAAGUAAUGUUUUUGCCCUCCUUUUAUCAUUUCAGUAAUUUUUAUUUAAUUAUUGGAGAAUGCGUAUGUAGAGCAUGACAGGCUGGCUGAGGAGAGUGGGGAGAGUAGGAGUGUGUUAAAAGACAUCAGAGUGCUAAUCCUAAUGUGAACUGAUCGUUCACUGUCAUGCUAUGCACCAAAGAAUCAUUGGAGUUGGAAACUAAAUGGGCAAUCGUCACUCUUAUUAUGGAUCUCAAAAGUGCCAAUUUUUCCAAAGGCAGCAACAAGAGAUUAAAAAAAGAUAAAAAAAAUAAAUAAAUAAAUAAAACAUUAAGGUGAAGCAUAGAAAUACAGUGCAAUGCUUGCUAUUUCAUAUAGUGAAAAAAAGAGGCCAAUGUUAUUGCGAUCAUCCUUGUUAGGGGAUUGGAGCAUGUAUAGUGUGAGGUGAGGGCAUUCAUGAAUGAACAGAAUUACAGAUUUCCUUAUCUUACUCUUUCAUUUUGAACUAAGGCCACCUGUUUAUUUGUGUGGUGAACAUACAGUGCUAUAUUUUGUGAAACUCUUUUUACCCCAUUUGUGUAUAUCGAAGACGUAAUUGUUUUUUGAAAAGAAAUAGCGGGAUCUAACGCUUCUGUUAAAAAGUUUUUAUUUUCAUGGAUUAUUUAAUCUUUUGUUUAGUUGCUAAAAGUAUCUUGUCAUUUUGUAUUUGCAUCCUUAAAAUGCUUUUCUUUUGUCUUUCUGAAUAAAUGGAGUUCAUCAGUUAUGGCUUCAAUGAUACAUGAACAUUACUGUUAAAUACAGCUAUAUUCAAAGAAAACAGCUAAAUGUUUUUUAAUAUCUUGGAAAAUCUAAUGCAAGUCUCUUAAAAAGUAACGGUAAGUUGUAAUUAGUUGGGAAUAUUACAGAACAUACAAUGAAAGUGGGCUGAUGAAUUUUAACUAUAUUCAUAAAAAUUCACAUGUCUGAAUACAUUUUUUUGUACUGGAGCUAUUCUGCAAUCAACAUACAAAUCUUCUUUUAUUACAGAGAUGGAAAACAUACACAGAAUACACACUGAAAAUGAUGAUAAAGACAAAUCAACAUUUCAAACAAUCCAUUUGCGUGAAAUACCACAGUAACAAACUAGUGCAAUGUAUAGCCCAAAUAAACUGUAUCAAGAAUUCACACAUUAAAACAAUAUCAGCAAAGAAAUCUACACCACUAUACACCAUAAAGACCAUCUGCCAAGUGUUAAUUUGUUUUGACAGAGACAAUGUCCGAAGCGAAGGUUUAAAUGUAAACCAUUUGACAGGUCUGUAUUACAUCAUAUUACAAUACAAUCUCAGAAUGUCAUCGAGGAGCCCUGUGCCUACAAACUGAAUUUUGGAAAAAGGAAAUAACAUUUUUAUCUUUAAACACUGUACAGAGGUGCUCUAGGUUGUGCAAAACAAAUUUUAAUCACUUUACAAUAAUAUUCAGCUAACAUCCUAAAGAAAAGACAGGACAGGAAAGAUCGAAGCUAGGUAGAUUUCGGUAGCACUUUAAGCCACUCAAGAUCUUUUAAAAACGAUGACUCGUAAGCACAGCAGCUCAAUGGACGUGUUUUAAUUCAACAGAGCUUAUAUAAAAAUGGGAAGGCACUUUCCAACACAAAAGACUCUUUAAUAAAUGUUCCCUGUCAAAAAGAUACACUUUGAUGCUGCGCUGACUUAGCGCUUUGGGAACAACUUUAGGUGUGACCAGCUGUGAAUAUGUGUGCAACACGUCAUUGAAAUUGACCAGAAUGUAUAGCCUCUGCUGGUGACAUCAGAAAACUUUCUCUUUUCUCUAAAAAUAAAUAAAUAAAGAAAAUGACUGAAAGACAGAGCAAGCUGUGUGUGUUCCCUUUUUUAUGCUCUAUGGCUGAGAGGGACACACAUCAGUUUUGUUUUGUACGUUUGGGGGAAGAGCAUGCUGCUCUUGCGUUGGGGCGGGUGUGAGCAUUGCGAUCUGUUCUCAGUGAAAAUGCUUUGCACUCGUCUUGCUUACUACCAAGAGCCAGCACCCACUCUUUCAUCGUGGGGCGGGUCCGUCCCUAUCGAUCGCUCUCACCCCAGAUCCAGCUGAUCCUUCUCAUGAUCCUGAAGCGCGCUUCGGCGCCUCUUCGGUUCACGAGGGGGGUGCUGAAUCUCUUGAGUCUGCAGACUUUGAGCACCCUCAACUCAACCUCUGAACAUUCCACGCACAACAAUAAAGCGGCUGGAAUUACUCGAGGUGGUUACUCGGGCUGUGACCAGGCUACAGUUAGACUGGCCACGUGAAUAAGAGACCCCCAAAUGCUCCAAACUAGAAGACAGAUUUCUGUCUGGUGGCCAAAAAUAAAUACAUUUAAAGAAAAAGGGGGACGAUAUAUCAGUCCCUUCCUUUCUUUGAUGACCUCCAUGGCGAGCUUUCUCGUUCAUGGAGGAAUCCUUAUACUUCCUGUGUCUUCGUGCCCUCGACGUCGACAUAUUCGACUAUCGUGGGUGGUGAGACACGGGAGUAUUUGGUGAUGCCGCUGGUAGAAGGGACACUUGUGGGUUAUCUCUCGCCUGGCUCGGCAUCAUCGCUAAAGAGACCCACUCUCCCCACAAAGCCGUGCAGGACCACCUCCACGCUUGUGGGGAAGGCUUAUCAGGCAGCAGGUCAUGCUGGUGCUGCCCUGCACACUAUGGCAGUGUUACAGGCAUACCAAGCUGAUCUGUUGAAGGACCUGAGUGCGGGCAACAAGGUCAAUGAAGAGGCUUUCUCUGAGCUUCGUCAAGCCACAGAUCUGUCUCUCCGCGUGACCAGGCAGACGGCUCGCACCAUUGGCCAGUCUAUGUCUGCUUUAGUCAGCACUGAGAGACACUUAUGGCUCAACCUUUCAGGCAUCAGAUAUAAGGACAAAGUUAUCCUUCUCGAUGCCCCGCUUUUGCCUUCUGGCUUAUUUGGUGACACUAUGAAUGUAGUUAUCACCAGGUUCCAGGAGGCAAAAAGCCACAAGGAAGCCUUCGGGUAAGUCCUUCCUCGCCGCACUCAGGGGGAGGGGCCUUCGGCCACCCAACCCCGCCCGGUCCUUCUAGACAGGAGGCUCAAAAACAAAGCAUGGGAAUCGUGCUCCCCCUCGUAAAGACUGGGGGCUGGUUUGUCGCCCUCAGCAGCCCCCAAAGCAAGACCUCAGGGCAGUUAUUUCUAAAAAAGGGAAAAACACUGACGGUUUUGCACCCAGCUUUGUGGGGGUAGCCCCCCCCUGGGACGGGUCACAUGAAACAUCCACCUGUACCCUCCCGAUACCCCCAUGAAACCGCUCCAUUCCCGCUGCCUCUGGUGUUUUGGGAGUUAGCGGUUUCCAGCUAAAUGUUUGGUGUUCCGUUGCUUCCUGCCGUAGUCCAGGACACGGGACACUCGACAUCCACUCAAAAGGACGUGUCAGAAUCAAUACCCAUCUCAGAGAACCUGGCAGCGUGGAAACUACUGCCAGGUGUUUCUCUGUGGGUCCUAAGAACAGUAGAAAAAGGCUACAGAAUUGAAUUUGUUCGCCAGCAUCCGUAGUUCAAUGGCAUGGUUCCCCCUACCGUGAAACCGGAGCAAGCAUGUCUACUGUGGAAAGAACUGCAAAAUCUCUUGGUCAAAGGAGCCAUAGAACAUGUUCCCCUUCCAGAGAGAGAGUCAGGUUACUACAGCAGAUACUUCCUGGUUCCCAAGAAGGAUGGGGGGGUUGGGUCCAAUUUUAGACCUUCGAGACUUGAAUCGAUCCGAGGGCAAUCAAGUUCAAGAUACUAACCGUCAAGAUGGUCGAUUCCCAAAUCCAACAUCACGAUUGGUUGGUCAUGAUCGAUCUCAUGGACGCGUACUUUCAUAUAGAAAGUGUGUUCUGAGGUUCGCUUUCGCGGGCGAAGCUUUCCAAUAUCGGUUUCUUCCAUUCGGUCUAGCCUUAUCACCCUGCACAUUCACUGAAUGAUGGAUGCAGCACUGGCCCCUUAGCGACUCCGGGGCAUCCGCAUUCUAAAUUACAUAGAUGACUGGCUGAUACUAGCACAGUCACAAUAACUGGCAUUACAGCACAGGGUUAUCGUCUUAACUCAUCUGGUUUCUCCGGGUCUGAGGCUCAACGCCAAGAAAAGGUUUCUCUCUCACACUCAGGGAAUCACCUAUCUGGGCGCUGUAUGGAAUUCGAACACGAUGUGGGCCCAAUUGUCUCCCGCUCGAAUCAUGUCCAUUCAAAACCCCCGAGCAAAGUCAGGCUAGGCCAAGGUUGCACUGUUCGUCAGUACCAAUGAAUACUAGGUCUCAUGGCAUCUGCGUCCUCAAUGAUCACUUUGGGCCUUCUGCACAUGAGACCAUUUCAGUUGUGGCUCAAAGCCAGGGGAUUUCAUCCAAGGGCCAAUCCCCUAGGCUGAUAAGGGUUACGUGCCACGUGCUACAUACCCUUUCUAUGUGGUUCAGACCCCGGUUCCUCACUUUGGGUCCCACUCCAGGUGUAUCUUGCCAUUGCAGGUUGCUAACAACAGACGCCUCUUUGACAGGCUGUGUAGCGGUCUUAAGUGGUCGUCCAGCUCAAGGGAAAUGGUAGGGUUGACAGCUCGAUUGUCACAUUAACUGUCUUGAGUUGAUGGCUGUAUUUCUGGCCCUGAAAUACUUCCUCCAGAGGUAGCCAUGUCUUGCAGUUGGACAACACAGCGGUAGUCUCUUACGUAAACCAUCAAGGAGGUCUACGUUCACACCAGCUGAACAGACUGGCACGGCAGAUUCUCCUUUGGGCCCAGGGCAAGCUCCUGUUAAUCAGAGCAUCUUAUAUUCCUGGAUGCCUGAAUGGGAGCAGAUUUACUGUCCAGACAGAAAAUAUCGAUGGGGGAUUGGAAACUCCACCCCGAGGUAGUGGAACAAAUCUGGUUGAGAUUUGGGGCAGAAGUGGUCCUCUUCGCCUCCCAACAGACAGCGCAAUGUUUCCUCUAUUUCUCUAUGAGUCACCCAGCCCCCCUGGGUCUGGACGCGAUGGCACAUACAUGGCCCAGAAUGUGCCUGUAUGCUUUUCCCCAGUUUCUCUGCUCCCGGGAGUCUUGGCCAGAGUUCGCCAGCAGGGGUCCUGCCUUUUACUGAUAGCGCCAUGCUGGCUGAACAAGUGAUGGUUCUCCUCGACGGCUUGCCUUGGGUGAAUCCGGACAGGAGGGACCUUCUGUCUCAAGCGCAGGGGACAAUAUUUCAUCCCCGGCCCGAACUGUGGAACCUUCAUGUUUGGCCCCUGAAGGGUACCAACUAAGGGACAAUGGGUUUUCAUCUGAAGUUAUCGAGACCAUUCUAAAUGCUACGGCUCCAUCUACUAGAAGAUGUUACACCAAUAAAUGGGGUGUCUUUGAAAGAUGGUGCAGUGCACAUAAUGCAGAUCCAGUUAAUUGCCAGAUGUCUUCAGUUCUGCACUUUCUGCAGGAAAAAUUAUCAGCAGGCACAUGCCCCGUCACUCUCAGGGUUUACGUGUCCGCUCUAUCGGCUUGCCAUGCCUUGAUUGACGGGGUGCCAUUGGGGAGACAUCCUCUGCUCGCUCGCUUCAUUCAUGGAGCCAUGUGACUGAGACCUCCUGCUAGGACCAGGACCCCUUCAUUGGACUGGCUAUGGCAAUUUUGCACCCUCAUCCUGACUACCUGCCUAAGCUUCCUUUCUCGACUGUACAUCCGGUACAACACUCUCGAAUCAUUCUGCUCCCCGCCACUUACAACACCGGAACAGGAAAGACUUCACAGACUUUGUCCAGUCCGUGCCCUUCAGACUUAUGUCCACUGCACUAGCCAGUGGCGUAAUUCAGGGCAACUAUUAGUUUGCCAUGGGGGCCGCAACAGGGGGCGGCCGCCAACAAGCAGAUUAUGUCGCAUUGGGUGAGGGAUGCUAUUGCCCUGGCCUACGAGCCGCGUGGUCAAGCUUUGCCUGUAGGUAUCAGGGCUCACUCUACCAGAGGGGUCGCCUCCUCUAAAGCCGUGGCUAGAGGUGUCCCUCUGCAGCAUGUUUGUGAUGCGGCAAGCUGGUCCUCUCCACACACAUUCAUAAGAUUUUAUAGUUUGGAUGUUCAUGCAACUCCGGGCUCUUAUGUCCUUGAGUCAACAUUGCAAGCUCAUGUCUGAGACCGCUCGCACACUUGUGAGCACACUACACAACCGUGAGGGAUCCGGAUAUCCACAGUGUAGCGGCGUGGGUAUUCUCGUUCCCAAAGCGCUAAGUCAGCACAACAUCAAAGUGUAGCUUUUUGACAGGGAACGUCUCGGGUUACUUAACUGUAACCCCUGUUCCUUGAUAAAAGCGGAACGUGAUGCUACACUUCAUUGCUGCACUGGGAUGCCCCAGGACACUCUUCAGACAAAAUACAUGAUUAUGCACCUGUGACGCAUCUAUGUAUAGCCCUGCUACAGGUGCAUCCAAUGAUGUCACCAGCAGAGGCUAUAAAUUCUGGUCAAUUUCAUUGAUGUGUUGCACACAUAUUCACAGCUGGUCACACCUAAAGUUGUUCCCAAAGC